ACCAUGACCACACUUCAGCUAUUGAUUCCCACAAUACACACAGACAGACAUUUGUAAUGGUAUAAAUAACCUUCCUCAUCACUUGGCUUUUUGUCUGACUGUGAGCGACUGAUCUGAUCUUCUCCUCUCAUCAUUGCUCCUGAACUUCUGGAAAGUAAAGAUAAAGAGACACACACUAUUGUCAGCAUCUGCUCUUCACUAUAGAUCUAAGAUCAUCUGACUGAAUCAAGAUGCUGCUGAUCAUUGAAGCUCUUCUUCUCAUUUCAGCUGCUCUAGGAAAGGAUCACAGAGCUGCUGUUAAAGGGAAGAUAUUUCCACUGGAUAUGGCGCUGGAUUCAGUUGAUGAUCAAUAUGAGGGCUGUAGAGAGAAAAUGGCAGAACUGGUGGAGACAAAAUAUAUGAAGCGAGAAUUGUCUAACCCCGAAUCUGAUUUUGCACAUGCUUGGAAACUUGCUGUAAAGAAUCACAAGCCACCAGGAGAGAACUUGAAAAAGAAACAUUCAAUUGCUAUUUAUGUGUACACGACUUCAGGUUUUGAGGUAUAUAAAAAGUUUAAUGAAGCUGAUCGUAAAGACAAGAGAGAAUACCAAUACCAAACAUACGAUUGGUAUUCACUUCACUUUCUGUUAACAGAAGCGGUACAGAUUCUGAACCAAACACAAAAUAAAUGCUAUGAUACUUAUCGUCGUACUAAAGUUGAAUUUGAUAAGGAUGUUCUGAACAAAGAGGUUCGUUUUGGCUCAUUUACUUCUUCCUCUAUUGAUCGUGAUAAAGGAGCAAAGAUUUUUGGAACUGUCUCUUGUUUUGAGAUCCACACUUGUGAAGGUGCUGAGGUGUCAGAAUAUUCCAAGCUUCCUCAUGAGAAAGAGGUGCUGAUUCCUCCAUAUGAGACGUUUGAAGUUACUGCUGUCAGAACAAGAAGCGGUCAGAAAGAUCUCUGGUGUGACACUGUGUACACUUUGAAAAGCUCUGGUAAGAGAAGUGACCUCAACUGUGCUCUAUUCAAGAAACCAGCCAAGACCUUAACAAAAUACUAUGCUGAGUAUAGAAUAAUGCUUUAAACCUCCACAUGAAUCAGUAUAAAAAUGUUUUCCUCUCUGUUUAGUUCAGGAAACACAAUUUGUGCAUAAUAAAGCUCAUUUUAAGU